AGCCGCCCAACCGACAGGCGUUGAGUGGGAAAAAAUGUUCUGGUGCUAGAGAAUUUAGAAAAUAACUUAAGAAAUCAAUAAAAGCGUGACCAUGAAUCGUAACCAGCAACCCAACUAUCCCGUCAUCUAUGAGCUGCUCAAACAGCUCUGCCGGAAUCUCGCCGGGGAACACUCAGACGAAGUACUGAAAGUGGUAACGCAGCUCAUUAGCCACAAGCCGAACUCGAUCGUUGCGUCCGGCAGCUCCUCGAUAGCCGCCAGUGAAUCCUCCAUCGUAGCCCGCAUCAACCGCCGGUUAGCUUCCCGAAGCCAGGCCAGUGUGACCGUGUUCAGCGGGUUCUACGAGCAGCUGAUUUCGACCACCGAAAGCAGACAGCGGGCACCGAUUCUGGAAUUCCUGCUGAACCUUUCGGAGGCAGAUAAAUGUGUGGGGGCAAGCGCUUUGCAGAUUGACUUGCGCCACGAUACGGGCGGCAUUGGAGGAGGCACACUGGAUAGUGCGAUCAGUAAGCUGAGCCUCGAUUCCGGCAUCGGUAGUGUCCGCGCGAUGUACCCUGUGAGCGCCAGCAACGGCACGAUUGUCACCAAUGGCAACACCGAAGGGGUUGCUGCCAUUAGCAACGAGCUAGAAGAAAGUAUGAUCCAGGAUGUCAUCUACGCGUGCACCGGUAUAGAAGGCAAGUACCUUCGGAAGAACAUUGUGACAGGCGAGUUUAAGCUCGAUCAUGUUAUGGGCCGCAAUCUCGAUACGUGCGACGCUGGAAUGCUGCUCCGUUUGGCCGAGGUUGGGCAUUUCUACAACAAAACCGUAAAGUUCACCGACCCGAAAAGUGACUCCUACCUAACGGGAAGCUUCGGUCAAGGUUACAUCACGGCCCUGCUAAAGGAGCUAACCAACUAUUACGGAUUGAUUGCGAAUCUCCAGGAAGCGCUCAACAGCCGGUCGGAGCGGAUGACGCUAAUGCGGGUGAUGGUUUGGUUGGUGGAACCGAUGGAACGUCUGCAGUGGCUGUCGGUAAUAUCCGAGGCGUGCCGCGAGAAAAAAGGUGGGGAGCUGGCGUCCGCUGUGCACAAGUUCAUCUGGCACGGUGACCCGAUGGUCCGUACAAUGUCCCGUGAAUUGCUGCAAUACGCCUGCAUUCCACUGCAACAGAUGCUGACACAGUGGCUAACGGAUGGCAAGAUAGUCGAUCCAAAUGCGGAGUUUUUCAUCGAAAAGAUGACCGAAGUCUGCUACAAUCGUCUGUGGCACGAUCAGUUCCGGCUACGAUUAAAAAUGGUACCAACGUUCAUCUCGAAUGCCCUCGCCAAUCAGAUACUGGUCAUUGGCAAAAGCAUAAACUUUUUGCGUGAAAUUUGCAAAGAUCGUGCGCCGGUACGAGAGCGGACGGAUCUGAGUAAAUGUCUCAGCGAGCAUCUGGAGUAUCUGUACAGCCCGCACAGCAACACGGAACUGCACGUACUGAUCGACAGUGUGUAUCUGAAGACGUCCAAGCGCGUUCUCGACAUCGUGCUCGGCCCACAUCGGCUGUUCGAUCAUCUAAAAGCGAUGCGUGACUAUCUGCUGCUCGGUCAGGGCCAUUUUGCGGAUCUGCUGAUGGAGUAUCUAAAGGAAGAGCUCGAUCGGCCGGCGAAAGAUAUUGGCCAGCAGGAACUCUUUAUGACCGUAGCAGAGGCAGUACGCAAAUCUUCCUGCGAGCAAGAAGAUCCGGAGGUGCUGAACUAUCUCGACGUCUACUUCAUGUGCCCUUACGAGGGUGAUACGGGCUGGGAUGUGUUUUGCUUAACGUACAAGGUUCAGGAACCGCUCGGUACCCUCUUCCAGCCGGUGCAGAACUCCUACCGUGCUUUAUUUAAACAACUGUGGAACAUGAAACGAUUCGAGUACAUACUGUCCAGUAUUUGGCGUAACCAGAUGCUGGGAGCACGUUGUUACAAGCCGAUUGCGUCCGACAUAAGCGUUAUUAUGCAGCUCCUGCAGACCUGCUGCGCGAAAAUGACCAACCUCAUCUCGCAAAUGCAGUAUUACAUCCUGUUCGAGGUCAUCGAAUGCUCGUGGGUGCAGUUUAGCGCACGCGUCGGGCAAGCGAAGGCACUCGAUGAUGUGUUGGAAGCACACGAAAAAUUUCUCCAGCGCAUCAGGAUCGGCCUAUUUAUUGACGAGUCAACAUACGCGUUAACCACAUCGUUGGAGGAUAUCUUCACUUCGGUUCGCGAGUUGGACCAGUGGCAGAUGAACUUCUUCGACCUGUGCAAUCGCGAGCUGAAUUCGCGCAAGGCUUUUGAGGAUCACAUCCGGGAAAGUGAGGUAGCCGGCACGUACGGUGUAACGGCCGAGCGCACACUCGAGCGAGACGAGGAGCGACAGCAGUUUCAGCAUCAAUUGAUGUUAUGCCAGAAAUCGAUCAUUAUGAUUGGUUCAAAGUACGAGACCUCCGUACACCAAUUUCUGUACAAGCUGGCCAGUUCACCGACGGAGUCAUUGCCGCAGCUGUGCAUGAGGUUGGACUACAACGAGUACUACAAACACCGCGACUCGCGUCACAGCACGACGUUAACCUUUCAGUAUAUGCGCAAAAGUAUGGCCGGUAAUUUCGGGCGCAAAUGAUCGAGCGAACCCGGCGGAUGCAUAAGGAAGUCCAUCCCGAAACAACUGCAGCCAGUGAGGCCACUGGUGCUGGCACGCCCGAGCAUAUCGAAAACUGUCCUAAACUCGUUGCUUCUUCAACGUGCCCAUGGAAGUUACAACUGUUGUGAGUUGAUGUAGCAAGCAAGAGCUUAUUCGCGAUUACUAACAUCUCGUUCCCGUUGAAUUUGCAUAAAUUAUCCGUAAAAUAAAA